UUACGAGUGUGUCUCCUCCAAGAGCUGUUCUACUUCAGAUGCGUUCCUCGCUCUUUCACUUAUCCCACGGUUGUGUGAGAGAAUGGGUUCACUGAGUCAUUUUCACUGAAAUAAGAUGCUUUUUGCCCUGCGCUGCACCGCCACACACGCGCGGCCAAAAAAACAUUCGCACACAGGAUCUAAACAGCUCCCUGCGAUAUCGAUUGUGCAACUUGAGGGGAUUUUUUUGCAGUCAGAACAUUAGGCUCCUCCCACCCUAAAAUUCAGAUUUUUUAAAAGCUUGCAGGGACACGAGCUUGCUCUCAAAAGAAACAAGACUGAAGACUUGACUUCACGCCUCUUCUGUGUUCGCCAUGCACACUCUGGAGACGCCGCAGAUUGAACCGUCACAGAUUUCUAUAUACCCUGACACGGUGUCAUACGAAACGGACGCAUACUGCAAGCACCCAGCCACACUCUACUCGUAUUAUGUGGCCGAUCCCGAACAGCCUACAGAUCAUUACUGGACUGGGACGGAGCACCACGCCAUUGGCUACGACCACUUUGAUGGCGGGCAGUUCACACAGCUUCAGAACGUGGCCGUCUCCCACCUUCAGAGCCUGUACCCGCAGUUCCCUCUGGAGGUGGUGAGCAACCCGGACCCUCCACUGCCGAACCACAACGCCUGCCCCUUGGACGAGGAGUACAACCAGGUGUUCCCGAUGCUGUACCCUUCAUACCAGACGUCCGCCGACACCUCCAGCCCCUCUGUAUCGGAGGAUGAUGACUACAACGUGGGCAGCCCCGUGCUGGAGGUUUCCGACAGCGAAUUUGACGAGAACAUCCCUCCCAGGGAAUCCUCAACACACGAUGGAGGUGCCCGGAAGAAAGUCCGUCUCUACCAGUUCCUGCUGGAGCUACUGAAGAGCGGAGACAUGCGGGACUGCGUGUGGUGGGUGGACCGAGAGAAGGGCACCUUCCAGUUCUCCUCCAAGCACAAGGAGAUGCUGGCCCACCGCUGGGGCAUGCAGAAGGGCAAUCGCAAGAAGAUGACCUACCAGAAGAUGGCCCGAGCACUGAGGAACUACGGCAAGACGGGCGAGAUUCGCAAGAUCAAGAAGAAGUUAACCUACCAGUUCGACGGCACGUUGCUCGGCCAGAAAAAGGUGGACUGUAAAGCCAGCUACAUGCCCUAGAGUCCCUGGAGAGAGCUGGAACAGAGUCUAAAUUUCAUUGAGACAAGAACGCCGGUUUUAACAAAGCAUUUACUUCCUUGUUCCCUUUUGCGAUGUGUUAGUUUGUCUUAAGAGAGCGCUGUUGAAAUUAUUGGCAUCUUGUUUUCCCAGGCUCAUGGGCCGCGUUCAUGGGCAGCGCUCCGAGUAAAGCUAUAGUGACCUUGUUCUGCCACGUUGCUCAGAAGGUUAAAGGCGGUUGUUUAAUAAAUUGGGAAGCUCCACCCCCCCCCCCCCGGGGUAGAUAGAAAUAACUUUUGGGGUGCUUGAGAUGCGAGAUACAAUGAGAAGUGAUCAACUUAAAAUUGUUAGCUCUUUCUCUCCAGAGGCUGCCUCGCCUGCUAUUUGCAGCAUUUUCUGUUUUUUUUUCAUAUUUGUAUAGGGUAGGGGGUUUAAGUGGGUGGGGGAGGGAGGGGGAAUAGUGAUUGGAAGUUCAGCGAGGGGGGAGAAACUGGGCGUACUCUUGAAGCAAUGAGCGAAGUUUGGAAGCACUUUCUUCAGCGAAGGAAGGUGAAAUUGUGACGCUUCUGCCCCCCCUCCCCCAGCAAACCAAAAGUAGAAGUUGUUAACUCAGUCUGGCGAUUUCCAGUCAUUAGAGUCUGAAUCCCCACUCGCCAGGGCUUUGUCAGAGGUAGACCGGUGGGGUGGGGGGCGCAGGUGUUGGAACUGGGGCUCCGAUCAGCCGCGGCUCGCCAUACUCUGACCCCUUCCUCUCCUGACGUCCUCUCUCUCUGAUCCUGGCCCGACCUGAAUCCGGAUCGCUCCAGGACUAGAGGGUUACCAUAAAUUCUGCAUAUGCCGGAAAUCUAGAAAUUUAUCAGCACCCACCAGGUACGACUUGGAAGACAUAGGAGUAGAAUUGUGCCAUUCGGCCCAUCGAGUCUGUUCCGCCAUUCCAUAUUGGCUGAUAUUUCCCUCUACCUUCUCCCCGUAAUCUUUGAUGCCCACCAUACCACUGCUGUCCGCAUAGAAGGCAAAAAAAAUCCUUGUAACCCAUCAAAGUGCGGGGCGACUACUUUGAAUAAGUCAGCGGAUUUUAAUUUUAAAAGCCAGUUUAAAAAUUUUUAAUUUUAAUUUUAAUUCAAAUUUUAAUUUUAAAAUUUGGAUUUCUUAAAGCCGGUCACAGAGAGUAUUUGAGCACCGCCUCGGAUUGAUUCGAUUGGUCUCAUGCCCUGUUCAUCCAUCACGCAAAACAGAUCCCCAAAUUCCCUUUGGUCAACGCCCCAUCAAUCAGCCUUCCAUAUGUCCAAUUGGGCAUCUUGAAUCGUUAAAGGGGCGGAGCCAUUUGAGGGCAGCCCUAAUCAUAUGGGUCCAUGGUCGAUGGGGGCCUCCCUGGUCAACACAGGGCAGAUUUAGAGGGCAAGUGACAUCUCGGAGGGGCAGCGAGCACCUAGCCCCCAGCUCUCGGUAGGGAGUCGAUUUAAAAUGAGCAAGAGUCUCACAGUGUUCAGUGUACACAUUCAAAGUUGGCAUUAAGUUGCUCAAAAGGGUCGGUCCAUUCUGGAGCCGCGGAGGGAGUGGGGAGCCAGCGGGUCUCCAUCCCGGAGACACCCGCAGAAGAAGCAUUAAACGCGCGAAAGGAUCCAGAGGCACCGGGGGUGGAAGCGAAGGAUCAAAUCCAUAAAAAUAUCUCUACCAGGAUGUUUGAUGUAGCUGUAUAUAUUCAUGGAACUUGAGGGGAGGUGUGGGUGGGUUUUGGAAACGAGUUUUGUAUCAUUAAGAAUCCAAGCGGGGGUGGUGGGUGGGGUCAGCUUCUGGUUUUGUUUUAUGAGUCUUAAUUAUCUCUUAGUGUAUUGUACAGAAAGUGCCCUGCUUCGAACUACCAAACCAGUGCGUCUGGCUAUCGAACACCACGCAGUCCCACAGGGAUGCCCGUUCACGGGGGUCUGAGGGUCCCUGCUUCCAGUGUCUUGGAGCAUUGUCCUCACAUACUGCCUUGAGGGAGUGUAGGGGGUCGGAAAUAUACGGGAGUUAAGCCAAGGUAGCCUUCUUUACCUCAGCUUUAGGCACCGUCCCGUCCAUCCCGUGUUGUAAAUAAAUGUAAAUACCACAAGUUUUAUUCUCUUCGUACUAACUGUUCAGUCACGUCAGGAGUUUGAUAUGUUUGUAUGUUUAACAAGAUUAAACAGAGAAUCGAAGUUUA